CUGUUAUUCUAUUAUGAUUGUAUAUAUAGGGCUCAUGUGAACCAUCGGGUAACGAUGAUUUGUUUUGUUUAUGUACGGAAAAUUAUUAUGGUUCUCGCUGUGAACAUGUUGGUGAAGGAGCUGAUUUAAGUGUAUUAGAAAGUAUUAUUAGUGGAAAUAAUAAUAAUUAUGAACAUGUUGUUGAAAAUGUUCUCAGUAGAAAUAAUUGGACUGAUAUUUUAGCUGUUGUUGAUGUUACUGGUUCAAUGCAACCAUGUGCAGCUGCUGUUUAUAAAUGGAUGAAAUUAUCUCAAGAUAAAACAAAGAAUAUCAGAUAUUAUGUAUUCUUUAAUGAUGGUGAUGAUAAAUUAAAUUCAGCUAAGAAAAUUGGUUCAACUGGUGGUAUUUAUAGUAUGGCUGCUAAUAAUUUAAAUAAAGUUUUAGCAACAAUGCAAUCGGCAAUGAAAAAUGGUAAUGGUGGUGAUAUUCCAGAAAAUGAUAUUGAAGCAAUUUUACAUGGUAUUGAAAUGUGUCCUACAUGUACGGAUAUUAUUCAUAUUGCUGAUAAUAAAGCAACACCACGUGAUUUGAAUUUAUUAAAUCGUGUAACAAAACCUAUUAAAGUUUUGACUUGUCAAGUUGAUGUGGCUAGUGUAAAUCCUCAGUUAUUAAAUGUAGCUGAUAAGACUAAUGGAUCAUUACAUACACUUGAUGAAGAUGUUUUUAAUUUAUCAGCAAUUCCUGUUGGUGAAAAAAUUACAAUUGGACGACGUACCUAUCGACGUACAUCAAGUGGUUUCGUUGUGGUUUAG